AAGAUGUACCUCGAAGAUAACUAUGACUGUGUGCAACAUACAAACAGUUUAAGAGAAUUUCCCAAAGAACCCGUCUCUAAACGGCAGAAUACAAAAGUGUCAGAAAAAGGGUUUUCUCCGCAGGAAUCAAAUUUUAAAAGGGACGAUCGUCAAGCAGACGACAUCCAGUGCCACCCCGCGAAACAGCAGACACCAAACAGCCAAAUUAUGAAAUCUACACAACAUGACAACCUAGACAAGAACAUUACAGAUAUCUGCCCAAAGUCACAAGCUACUUGCACUCGGCAAAUCAGUGAAAAGUUAAUGAAAGAAGAUAUAAGAAAUGUUGGCAGACAAGAAGAAAAUAAAGAAAGGAUUUUUCACCAGCGCAUAUCGCGCUGUUCUUGCUUGUUUUGGAAUUGAAAGUGGCAGAAAAUA